UCUGUUCCUAUGCAGCCUGCUGUCAGUGGGUGCCCAGACGGAGAUGAAGAAGGUCGUCGGGGACAACGCCACCUUACCAUGCCACCACCAGUUCCCGUCAUCCAACCCUCUCGACAUCGAGUGGCUACUGCAGAAGCCAACUCCAAGCAGAAAGUGAUCAUCACCUUCUUUGGGGGCCAGGUGUACACCAAUGAGGCGACGGGCAGCGAGGCCAGUCGCCUGUCCUUCGCUGGCGAGUACCUGGGGGGGGACGCCUCCCUGAUGAUCAGCGACCUGCUGCUCAGCGACUCCGGGGAAUACCACUGUAAAGUGAAGACUGGGGGAAAGUACCACUGGAGCCAGGUCAACCUCAUUGUGCUGGUCAAACCCUCCAAGCCGAGGUGCUGGAUGGACGGCAAACUCCUGGGGGGAAGUGAUGUCAAGCUGAGCUGCAAGUCUAGCGACGGCUCCGACCCCAUCAACUACAAGUGGGAGCGAGUACUCGACAAAGGCAAGAGUCUGGGCAAACUGCCAAACCUGGCACUGAUAGAUCUCAAGAACCCCGAGCUCGUGACGCUGAGGAAUCUCACUAUGGACAGCACAGGAGUCUACAGGUGCACGGCAAGCAAUGACGUGGGGGAGGAGAACUGCACCGUCGAAGUCACAAUACAACACGUGAGGGAUGUAGGAAUGGUAGCAGGUGCGGUGGUGGGAAUUUCCCUCGGUGUCCUCAUUGUCAUAUUAAUCAUCUGGCUCGUCUUCCGGAAGAAAGAGAAGAAGAAGUACGAGGAGGAGGAGACUCCAAAUGAGAUCAGGGAGGAUGCUGAGGCUCCCAAGGCCAAGCUAGUGAAGCCCAACUCCCUGUCCUCGUCCCGCUCCGGCAGCUCCCGCUCGGGGGCCUCCUCCACCCAGUCCAUGGUGCACAACAGCGCCCAGCGCGGCCACCGCCCCCGCCCACCGGCUGUAGCAGCUCUCAAGGAAAAUGGACAGCCUCCAGGCUUCCCCCAGUCCCCUCCAGCCUACGCUUCAGUGGUGCCCAAGACCCCCGAGCCCCCCGCCACUCCCAAAUACAACUCCAGGAACACGUCUGGGCCCACACCCCCAACCCUCAUGGUCCCCGCCCAGACCAAGGCCUUUCAGACUGUGUAGGACUGAAAGCCCACCCCCUCCUGCAGCCUCAUGAGACCCCCAUCCCAGCCCAAACCCCCCGAGCCCCCUCCCAAAGACUGAGACUCUUCCAUAGACAAAGAAAUGCAACUAGUUAAAAGGAUGUAAUUACAAGAAUCAAUACUAUAAGUCUAAAAGUACUUUUAAUGAAUGCAUACUUAACAAUGGAAACAAGACAUGCUUGCCCCCAACUGAAUUACAUAAAACAACAAAACAAAAGAAAAAACAAGACCCGAGAUGCAACACUGUUCGUGUCUCAAGGCCAAAGGCAAAACUUGUUUGUCGUCUCUUUGGCUUUGGAAGGCAGAGGGAAGUAUUGUGUGCAGCGUGGUGGAAGGAGCCCCCUACAGUAGGAGAGCUUUUAUGUAUUCUUCAAAUCAAAGGGUUGGGCAUGCAGGAGAGGAGAGGCGGGGGGAGAGGAGACAGUAAAGACUGGAUGAUGAAGUGGAUCCAAACUCUCAGCCAGACAUCAACGGAGUCAUACAGCUGUUGAGCUUUGAAAGAUGGAUAGAAGCACGGUGGAAACAAAGAGGGUAAAAACGCGAGUGUGAGACUGCUUUUUUUUUCUGUGGGAGGAGGGAAGGGGGCGAUUCUCUGAUUCAUGUCACCCUGCACCUCCGACCUCGCUGCCUCCAGCACCUGCUCCAAAACCACAAACCCCUCCGCCUCCCAAGGGCCGGGCCGGUGUGCCCAUCCAUGUGGAUAGACACCAUGUGCGGCGUGGACAUCAUCCGCCUCACUGCUCUCGCUCUUUUUGUGCUCUCGUAACGAACCCGUGAGAAACCGCAGCACUCCUGAGACGGACUCACAAACAGCUCGUCUGCUAAACCAAUCAGCAGGGGAAACUUCAGGUACAAGGAUGUAGCAAUGACAGUUAAGUCAGAUCAAUGGAGUUAAUAUAACCCCCCUCCCCGCAUCCUGUCUAUGACAUCCUUUUCUGGUACUGAAUAUCUUUCCUGAAUAAUAAAAUAGUAUGUAUUAGGCCUAUAGCGAGUCAAUACUUUAAAUAUAGUGGAUAAGCAUCUAUUAGACCAGCUGGACUUGUUUUUUCUUUUCUUUCUGUUUUCCUGUGUUUCUUCUCUCUGAACAGGUUGUACAAGGGGUGACAGACCCUUCCUAUAUGUCCUUUCAUGCAUAUUAAGAAGUGCCGCCAAUCCUUAGGAUGGGUUAAUUAUUGUUUUCACUCUUUUGUUAACCUGCUACAUUUCUGAACUGAAACCAAAAUCUGUCACCAUGAAUGUGAGAUGUACAAAGAUGGCGGAUCCCAUUCCUUUGAGGUACUGAAUCAAUAUUGGAGCUAAGGCACAAAGAAUUGACCUUGACGUUCAAUUUUACAAUUUCUUUGUCUGAAUGAAGGGAGUAUGAUUCCAGAGACUUCAAUUGUAUAGGGUGUGUAUGGUAUCAUUGACAGUGCUCUCCCUGGAUCCAUAACAAUGGAGUGUUUCUCGAUUGCUUUCUCUCUGAAUAACCGGCACCUGCUUGGUUAUUGGUCGAGCCGUGCUAUCAGCCAAUUCCCCUUUUUGUCGUAUCCUCAGACAGACCCAGUGCAGUUUGAUUGAAAUUAUCUGAAAAAAGGGGGCAAGUAGCCUAUCUCGUGUGCCUUUGCAAUCCCUCUUCUGGUUUUCUUUCUUUUUCCUUAUCUCCAGCACACCAGUGGUUAAGUCUCUGUUCACAUCCAGCUUUGAGGGUCAACGGUAGCAAAUACUGAGCGAUACAACGUCACAGAACUUGCCCUAUAAUAACAGAUGUAGCCUAUAGGAAGCACCCAGCAGAGUAAAUUAUCCAUGGUGAGAAAGCAUUCCCAUGCCAUGGGACAAUGUACUGUACAUUCUGUAAUCAGUCUUGUUUUAUAUUGUAUAUACAGAUAGAUAUACGCACAUGAUGUCAUUUAAUUUAAAUAAGGGUAUGUGAGAGGUUUACCUCUUACAAAAAAGUAAAAUGGGAAACCCAGAAGUGAAAUUAAACCGUGUUUUUGUUGUGGGAACAAGUGAAUUCUGAUGUCACCUCUCACAUAUUUGGUCUGUAUUCAUGUAACUAUUAUACUGCAGCAAAAUAAGAAUAUAAAUCCAUAUCCAGCAAGAUGCUCAUGAGAUGUAGUAUAGAUUUUAUUGAUCCCCAGAGGAUAAAUAUUCCUAUAUGUUUGGUGACUACGUGACCUAUUCUAAGGCACCUCUAUCAAAAUGUCCCCUUGAACAGGAAUGAGGCGUUAAUCUUGAAAAUAAAUGGCCAUAUUUCCAUUUAAUCUGCAAUGACUAUUUAAAGUCUUUUUGGUUGACCCUAGACUUUAAUCUGGCACGCCAUAUUUAUAUUCCCACUUGUGUAUAAAUCACCUUUGAAAUGUGUGAGGCCAUUCUUCAUAGUGUCAAAGGAAAUAAGAGGUUUUUAUUUUAAAGUACUCUCAGGAUAUACUAAUUACGCUCCAAUUCAGGUUCUAAGAGGGACCACUUGUCAGUAUGUCCAAAAAUGUCACUAUUAUAGUUUGGCUUUAACCCUCAAAAUGUCCACACUGAUCCAUAAGAUGAAUUGCACCUCAAAACUUUGGAAACCAACAUCUGUCUAAAAAGCACCUGUGGUUUAACUUCACUUGCGGGAUUUCUCACGUGAUUUACCUGUAGGGGAAGUUAAGAAAAAAAAAAGCCUUUUAUAUUCAACUACAGACAGCGGUUCAUACUGAGCAGGGAAGCUACUGUGUGUGUGUGACUGUGCGUGCGUGCUUGCAUGCAUGCAUGCAUGUUUGUGAAUGUGUGUGAGUGUGUCUCUGUGGGUGUGUGCAUGUAAAUUCAGUAUAAGCCCUUGGGCCACACCCACACACUCUCAUGUUAGCCAUUCAAUGAGUGAGGAGGAUCCAGUCAUGCAAAGUAACCUCUAUCCAAAUUGAUAUGACUGCAGACUGGCAGGGUUUAUUUUAGUUUUCACUGACUUUUUAUGCAUAUUGAACUUGGCUUCACAGGCAACAGUCGUGUUUUUGCUUGUGGGGGUGGUGUUUCGAGACAAAGUACGUCCAUAAUUCAUAAUAUUGUCAGCUCUGGAGGCCACUUGUACGCUCUCUCCUUGCUCUUGCUGUCUUUUAACAUGGCAUCUCAAGGUGCACACACAUCCAAAACCGCUUAAACUUGUAUAUACACACACAUAAACAGGUACACAUGGCACAUUCAGGUCCUCACGGAAACACAGGUGUGUGCUUCACGCACAUUCACAGUUGCACAUGCACACACACACAGUUUGCACAAACAAAAGCCCAGAAGUCAUGUUAUUUCAGCUCCUCCAGAAUCAAUUUGAUGGAUUGAAUGUCUGAAGUUAUUACGACUGACUGAUGGAACCAGGAUACAAAACGCAGCACAGAAAAGGCUCACUCUACUCUGCAUCACACAGGGGACACACACACACAGCUAUUGUAACAAAACACACAGAAAUGUGCAUGCAAACACACAUUCACUCCAACUCUCCUAUGCAUUUCAACAAUCUGGAUAGUAUAAGCUUCAAGAGGUUUUUUUCUUCCCAUGGGAGUCUGUGAGAGUAGUACUGAGAUUCAGGAGAAGUAUAACAGGAUUGAUUACGAGCCAGGGCUGUAGGCUCUUGCCAUUGAAAUUCUCUCCACUACAGAUGAAAGUAGCAGUGGAGGUGGAGGACGGGAUGCAAGUCUUCCAGCUGUUAAAUUCCUCCAAGCUUUUUGAUUUGCUUCCCAGCAACUGCAGGUCUCAGGUGGCAGGUUCCCCAGUUUAUGAGCCCUCGCGUUGCGUCUCUCCUCUCAUGUGUGCAGCUUUGUGGCCUGACAAACUUGUGCUCUUUUCCAACAAAUGAAUUUUAAGGAGCUUUUGUCAGUUCAGUCAAGAGUGCAGGAGGAAAGUCUUAAAACGGCGUCAGCAGCACAUCCAAUAUCAUUCUUUAAAACAGUGUCCAUCAGCACUAUACGUAUAUUGUCUUAUUAUCAACACUGAAAGGUGCAGUAAACAUUCAAAUCAUUAAGUGGUUAUCCUGUGUUAUAUGAUAGGUGUAUCAAUCUCAUGUAGCCACUAUUUUUUAUGUUCUAUUAAGCAGUUUUAUUUCUGAUUAAAGCUGUUGAGCAGGGCAAAGUGAUGCUAAGGCUGUGGUUUGGCCUUGUAUGUCAUUAUAAGGGAAUGUGAUGUAUUGCUUCUUUUGAGUGAGGAGAUGAACGGGGGCUCCACCUCAAUAAGGAAAGCAACGGUACCUGCAUGUCAAAGGAGAUUGAGCAGACGAACGGGAAUGCUUUGCUUUGAUGUAACAUAACUGUAUUCGACUGAAAAUAUUAAAAAAAAAAAGAAAAAAAAAAUCUACAAUUGUAAAUAUACUCACAGAAGAUUUUAUGAAGCUUUAUUUUUGUCUUCUUCUUUGCUUUGAACUCAUCAUCCAUGUACUUUGCACUUUUUUUGUGUGCUUUGCUCAUCACGGGCCUGCGUGGGAUCUGUGUGGUCGGCGGUUUCCCUUGACGACAUUGUCUCGAUGUCAGGGGAAGACACGCUGAGCGUCACUAAAGGGAAAUGUAAGACACUUUUGUUUUCUUUACUCUCAUCUCUUUUCUGCCGUGGCUUCUCUUUGGUUUUAUAAAAACAGUACAGAAAUGUUUUGUUUGUUCGUUUGAUGAAAACAAUCCAUGUAAAUAUCACAAGUAAAAAAUGUAUAUUUUUACGACUUCUGAGUUAUUACUCUUUCAUUUGCAAAUAAAAUAUUCAAUGACAACUUAA